AUGAAUAAAGAUAUUGAAUUGCGAGUUCAAUAUCGAAGCUCUCGAUUGAUAAUUCCGGAUGUUGAAGAUUCAAAAGAAGUUGGUCCUAUCAUUGACUAUGCUGACGAGCCCCUUCUUCCACUUGUUGAUGCAUGCCGACCAUUAGUCCCUAUUAUCUUUAAUAUAUUAGCUUAUGUUUCGAGUGCUCUGCAAAGCACUCCAGAUACUCCAUCAGAUGGUUUGACUCGCGAUGAAUCAGCUUCAAUUUUUCUGUACACGAUGGAAUGGGAAGAUGAACAUAGAAGUCUUUAUUCCAUUCUCAAUGAAACACUUAGAACAGCUGAUCGCGAACAAUUACAACCAUGGUAUAAGUAUCUAAAGCUUUUACUGACUGCCUUAGUGAAAAUACCAUGCGCACCUCAAAUGACUGUUUGGCGUGGAAUAAAAAAAGGUCUUCAUCUCGAAUUUCCGCGAGGAACUUCAAUUGUCUGGUGGAGUUUCUCAUCUUGCACAACAACACUUCCUGUGUUAGAGAAUGAUCUCUAUUUGGGUUAUGAAGGUGCAUGUCUUUAUCCAAAGAAAACUGAAUUACCAAAACGUCGUUGGUAUAACAAGAAACGAUUCAUCAUUCCGUUCAGUUUAUUGACAGCUAUCAUGAUCGUUGCAAUUGUUCUCGGUGCUACUCUUGGAUCAAGGUCUACUGCUACUGCAUCAGAUGGAAAGUGUUCAAGUUUCGUACGUAAAGAUGGUUGGGACAUACCAGACAAUGAUAUAUUAUCUUUUCCUGUUCACGAGCCUGAUUAUGCCAGCUGUUGCAAACAAUGUCAAGCAACUCUUGAAUGUAUUUCUUUUACGUUUCAGCCAUCAAGUCAACUAUGUUGGCCGAAAAGAAGUAUGGGUGGUGGUAGAAACGCAACUGGCGAUACUAUUACUGGAUAUAAUCCGAAUAUGUGUCAUGAGUUCCUACGUAAAGAAGCCUGGGACAUACCUGGUAAUGACAUAUUAACUUCUCCUGUACUACAACCUGACUAUGCUAGCUGUUGCUCCCAAUGUCAAGCAACUCUUGAAUGUACUGCUUUUACAUAUUCUCCAUCGAGUCAACAAUGUUCACUGAAAAAAAGUAAGGAUAGUGGUAGAAACUCAACUGAUGAUACAAUUACUGGUUACCUUGGUAAGUAA